AAACAGGAAGAACAUGUCUGGAGCUGGGAUGCGUCCCGACAACAGUGACUGUAUUUAUCUUUUUACAAGUUUUAUUUCUGGAACCAAACAUACAUUCCUAGGACUAACGUUUAUAACAUGUACACAGUUUGGAAACAGUGAUUGAAUCACAUGCCUUAGGAGGAUGUUUCUGAUAACCUUAUCAAUAGCUGUUUUCAAUACUGCUGUACAAGGUCAGCCGCUCUAUGAUGAGAUGUCGGAUCCGUGUAAAGAAAAGAGAAACACUUAUGAAAUGUAUAAAGAGCACGUAUUGUCUCUACAGUUGGUGAUCAACAAAUUACAGGAAAAAUACUGCAACGUCACAGCAUGUCCCGAUGAUUGGAUAUCUUUCGAAAACAACUGCUACUUAUUUUCUGAAACCAAAACUACAUUUGAAGCAGCAAAGGAUAUUUGUAACAAAGCCCGCGCUUAUAUUCUUGAGGAUCUAAGUCCAUGGGAAAUGUUACUAACAAAAGCAAAAGGUUUUACCCAUAUGUGGAUUGGCGCCACAGAUAUCCGUCAAGAAGGAGUCUAUGUCUAUGAAUCCACGGGAUCCAGAGUGACCAAUGGCGAUUGGUUUAAAGGUCAACCAGGUGGAGGAAGGGAUGAAAACUGCGUAGUAGCUUCUAAAGAUAACAAUUGGCAGUGGCAUGAUUUUCCGUGUAAUGACAGGUUUCAUUACGUCUGCAAGAAAACUAUUGCAUCUGCAAGAAAACUAUUGCAUCUGCAUGGAAACUAA